GAUGGAGGUCGUCAACGAUGGCGGGGAAAUAGUCGCCCAGGAGCUACAACUUUUUGUCUCUCCCCUCGGGUCGUAUCUUAGCUCGCAGGACCUGGCUGACCUAACGCCGGCGUUUUCAGGGGAGCUGGAGGUCGGAGAUCUGCCGACGACGGGAACGGCCAAGGAGGUGGAUGUAUCGAGCGCCUCGGUUCCCGGCUCCAUGGAGACCUGCGGCCAGUACUUCCUGGUGGCGGCGAUUCGAGACAAGGGCACGACCAACAGGCCGGCGCAGGGGAGCGUCAGCUUGGAGAAGGAGUGUGAAGAGGAUAUCGACCUGAAGUGGUUUCUGGAACCCAAUGAAGAGGAAGGGACUCCGGACAUGUACAUGGCUCCUGGCAGUAACGUCGUUGCUAAAGGGGGGAUACUGAGCAUCCUCAACGUAGGGAAUGGAAACCUUGCCCUUCGCUCAGCCGUGGACACGCCCGAGAUCGCAGCUUACCUCGGGCCCAGGUCGUGGGACUGGGACCUGCACUAUAAGUUUCAGUAUCGAAACGGGAGCACACUUCAGGAAGUUAUGGAAAGUACACUAGCCAGUCAUCGUGAGUACUUUGAUGUAUAUAACGUUGAAGACUUCAUCCAACUUAAAGGCUGGAGUACGAUACUUGUGGAUGUUAACGCGGCGACCAGUAUCGACCUUCCAUCUGGUGGGAAUCUGGAGAUGGACUUGGAGAUGUUAGAAGCCCCGAAGAACAUUCCAUGCAUUGAUGAAAUUGGCCUCCUGGUGCUUGUUAUUGACCCUCAGAAUAAAACCAAAGAUUCCAACAUGACAAACAAUGUAGCUGUUUUGCCAGUUGGUUUAUCCUGCCAAAGUAAUUCCUUGGACCCUAGCUUUGAUACUCCGAACUGCUUAGUCAUUCCCAACUUGAACCACGACGGCAGGAGCGCCACUAUGAUCAUGAAGAGAUUUGGAGACACCGAGGCAUACGAAUUCAAGACCCGGAAAGGCCGCGAAGGCUUCAGGAAGAUGAGGACCGAUGAGAUACGAGAGGAAAUCGAGCAGUACGACAUGGCGAGCGUGCGCAUGGAACGCCUCAAGGCCCUGGGGAGGUGUCCUCAGGAAUCCGACGUGGAGGAGGCAACAGAGGAUCCGUGGGCCCAGGAUCUCCUGAAUGUGGUCACCUCCCUGAAGGACGGCCUUGACGAGCUGACGAUGACGAGCGAGGACGUCGCAGCAGAUCACGAAAAGAUCCAGACGCUGCUGGGGCUCGUGAAGGACAUCCUGACGCUGACCCUGGAGGAGGACGGCCCCGUGCGACACGUGUUCAUGAGCUUCAUCAACCACCUCCCCGACCUGUUUGUGAAGGAUAUCGCCAUGCUGAUGGGACCCCAGAAGGCCUGCAUGAUUGGACAGGCUGCCCUCCUCGAAUCGGUGGGCGGCCCGGCGGCUGAGCUGGCCAAGGAAAUGAUGGAAAUUAACAGCAUGGAGCGCCCUCGCAGAUGGUCGCCCCCCCGCGAAGGGGCCUGCAGACCGGGGCGCCCGAGGUGUGGUGACGGGACGUGUUUGAGGAAGAACAGCAUUUGCGACGGCAGAGUGGACUGUGGCAACGGGGAGGAUGAGGACCAGCGAAUCUGUGCAACUUUCAAGAGAGGCUCCUUCGACCCUUCGUGUGCCCUGAACUGCACCAACAUGAAUGGAGACAAGGUUUGCAUCCCAGCCAUCUGGUUGUGCGAUGGAAUGGCCGACUGCGCCGACAGCCUGGAUGAAGACGCGCUCCUGUGUCCCUUCAAUAGUGAGUGUCUUAGACGUUGA